UCGAGUGUGACUAACGGGAAACGUUGGGCCUAACGGAGAAAGUUUGUUAGCUCGGCCCGCAAAUCGCAUUUCGUGGCGCGGGGUCUGAACGCGAACGUCCGCUGAGCUGACUGCAGCUACCGGUCAGAGUCAGACCCAGACCCAGCCGAGACAAGCAGCGACUGGCAGCGCAACAACCCGCAUUUCUUCAAAACCCCAAUCCUCUCUUUCCUUCUCUCUCUCUCUCCAAUCACCACCAUGACCGACGAAGAAAGAGAGGGAGAGAUUAGGGCUUCCCUCGAGGACGCUCCCUCCAGCCCCGGCAGCAGCGGCUACGCCGGCGAAGGAGGCAGCACCAGUGCCACCAGCGGUUCCCAAUUUGAAAUCCAGCACCAGGAAAUCGAGGACGACACCAGAAUUGAAAUCGAUAGAAUCUCACUUUCCGAUUCCCACACGUCCUGGAUUCCCGGGAAGCGCCACCUCGAUGAGGAUGAUGCUUCCAUAUCGUGGAGGAAAAGAAAGAAGCAUUUCUUCGUUCUCAGUCAUUCUGGCAAACCUAUAUACUCUAGGUAUGGAGAUGAACACAGGCUUGCAGGCUUUUCGGCAACUUUGCAAGCAAUUAUUUCCUUUGUUGAGAGCGGGGGUGACUCCAUCAAAUUGGUGAGGGCUGGAAGGCAUCAGGUGGUUUUUCUUGUUAAAGGACCAAUUUACUUAGUCUGCAUCAGCUCCACAGAAGAACCUUAUGAGUCAUUAAGGGGGCAGUUGGAGCUAAUUUAUGGUCAGAUGCUUGUCAUACUAACAAGAUCAAUAAACAGAUGUUUUGAGAAGAACCCAAAGUUUGAUAUGACACCCUUGCUUGGUGGAACAGAAACUGUCUUCUCUUCUCUAAUCCACUCUUUCAGUUGGAACCCAGCUACAUUUCUUCAUGCCUAUACUUGUCUCCCUCUUUCAUAUGCAACAAGGCAAGCUGCAGGAGCUAUUUUGCAAGAUGUUGCUGAUUCAGGUGUUUUGUUUGCAAUACUGAUGUGCAGGCACAAGGUAAUCAGUCUUGUUGGUGCUCAGAAAGCUUCCCUUCAUCCUGAUGAUAUGCUGCUUUUGGCCAACUUUGUCAUGUCAUCAGAAUCCUUCAGGACAUCAGAAUCAUUUUCUCCAAUUUGCUUGCCAAGAUAUAAUCCUUCAGCAUUUUUGUAUGCAUAUAUCGAUUAUUUUGAUGCUGACACAUACUUGAUGUUGCUAACCACUAGCUCGGAUGCGUUUUAUAAUCUUAAGGAUUGCAGGUUUCGUGUUGAAAUGGUUCUUUUGAAGUCAAGUGUCCUUAGUGAAGUUCAGAGAUCCUUGCUAAAUGGGGGAAUGCAUGUUGAGGAUCUGCCACCAUUGCCUCAUUCUGGAUCAUCUCAUUUGGGCCAGCACAUGCUACCUUCAGAUUCUCCUGACAGAUUUAAGGAAGCUAAUUCUGGCAUUGGGGGUCCUGCUGGGUUGUGGCAUUUCAUGUAUCGCAGUAUAUAUCUGGAUCAAUACGUGUCUUCAGAGUUUCCAUCAUCAAUUAACACACCACAACAGCAGAAAAGACUGUAUAGAGCUUACCAGAAACUUUUUGCAUCCAUGCAUGAUAAAGGAAUUGGACCACACAAAACUCAAUUUAGAAGAGAUGAAAACUACGUUCUUCUCUGUUGGGUGACACAGGAUUUUGAGCUCUAUGCUGCCUUUGAUCCCCUUGCAGACAAGGCCUCGGCUAUAAAGACCUGCAACCAUGUUUGUCAAUGGAUAAAAGAUGUGGAAAAUGAAAUAUUUUUGCUAGGAGCUAGCCCUUUUUCAUGGUGAUUUCCUUGCAAAUGCUGUAAACAUACAGUCGAGGGCGAAAGGGGAAACGUGGAAGUAAGAAAUGGAGCGUAUCCACAAAAAAAGAGAGGAAGAAAUUGGACUGAUAAACAUUAAUAUCAAAACAAUCCUGGAACUGUGUCGGUGACGAGUUUGAAACAAUAGAAUGAUACUCAACUGGUAAUCCAAGCUAUUUCUUAGUAAAAAAAUUAGAAAUUAAUCUCUCAAUAUACUAAAAUCUAUUUUAGAAGUUGAUUUUUCUGGAUAAAUAUUUUUCUAUACAUAGAAUAGGGUCAU